UCGCGCAUCAGAAUCAUGAAAACACGGAGGGGAACCCCACAACCAGCUAAUCAAGCCCCCAUAUAAAUGGCAGAUAUUUCCCAUAUCUUAUUGGCUUAAAACGCAUUGCAUUCACUCUUCUUCCAAUCGUAACGCUCCACACCCACCCAUCAAUCCUUCUCCAUCAUACGCCCAACGGUUACUCUCCUCUUUCCUUCCUUCGUACGUUAGCUUAGCCCCCGCUCCCCAUAUAAAUCUUUCUUCUUUGAGAUAUCUAUACCUGUUUAUACAUAGUCUUCAACCUUUCUUGCACGGUGUUCUGAGAGAGUGAAGGAUAAGGAGGUCGGUUUUUUAGAGGGGGACUCAGAUGGAUUUUAGUUCGUUCUUGACGUCCCUGGUGACGUCGUUCUUGAUAUUCGUGGUUUUGAUGCUGCUUUUCGCGUGGUUGUCGCGGAAGGAGGGGAAUAGCGUCGUGUACUACCCGAACCGGAUCUUGAAGGGUUUGGAUCCUCCCGUGUCCGGGACCCGUAACCCCUUCGCGUGGAUCCAGGAGGCCAUGUCCUCCACGGAGCAGGACGUGAUCUCCCUUUCGGGGUUUGACACUGCCGUCUACUUCGUGUUCUUGAGCACUGUGUUUGGAAUCUUGGUUUUAUCCGGCGUAGUGCUGCUUGCUCUUCUUCUACCAGUUGCUGUCACUGAUAAUAAUGUGAAGGUUACCGCGGCAACCACCAGCAAUGGGACUUUUAACGAGUUUGACAAGUUAUCCAUCGGCAAUGUCAAAGAGAAGAGUCCUCGUUUAUGGGCAUUUAUGAUAGCCACUUACUGGGUUUCAUUUGUUACGUAUUACCUGUUAUGGAAGGCAUACACGCAUGUCUCUAAACUGAGAGCUGAUGCUCUUAUGUCUCCCCCAUUGAAACCUGAACAAUAUGCCGUUAUCGUUAGAGACAUACCUCCGGUCCCUGAAGGUCUAACAAGAAAAGAGCAGGUUGAUUCAUACUUCAAAGCUAUCUAUCCUGAUACAUUUUACAGAUCAAUGGUGGUUACAGACAAUAAAGUGGUGAACAAAAUUUGGAAAGAACUAGAAGGGUACAAGAAAAAGCUUGCACGUGCUGAAGCGAUAUAUGCGCAGUCAAAAACAACAGGCAAACCGGGUGGGGUUAGACCGACUAACAAAACUGGCUUCCUUGGUCUGUUUGGUAAAAAGGUAGAUAGCAUAGAGUACUACAAUGAAAAGAUAAAUGAACUAAUCCCAAAACUGGAAUCGGAACAAAAAGUCACCCUCAGAGAGAAGCAGCAAGCUGCUGCUCUGGUAUUUUUCACGAGCAGGGUCACUGCAGCUUCUGCAGCUCAGACUCUACAUGCUCAAAUAGUUAACGAUUGGACAGUUGUAGAUGCUCCUGAACCUCGUCAAAUACUUUGGGCUAAUCUUCCAAUCAAGUUUUUUCAGAGGCAAGUACGGCAAUAUGUCGUGUAUGCUAUUGUGGCUUUGACCAUAGUUUUCUACAUGAUUCCGAUUGGGUUGAUUUCUGCCUUCACAACACUUGAGCAGUUGAAGAAACUUCUCCCAUUUUUAAAGCCAGUUGUGAAUAUUGCCGCAAUCAAAACAGUGUUGGAAGCUUACCUCCCUCAGAUUGCACUCAUUGUCUUCUUGGCUUUGUUGCCCAAGCUCCUUCUAUUUCUCUCCAAGGCUGAGGGAAUCCCCUCUUUAAGUCAUGUAGUGAGAGCCUCUUCAGGGAAAUACUUUUAUUUCACAGUGUUGAAUGUUUUCAUUGGAGUGACUGUGGGUGGAACAUUGUUCAGUACGUUCAAGACCAUUCAGAAGAAUCCUCCUAGUUAUAUAAUUACCUUGCUAGCGAAUAGUCUGCCAGGCAAUGCAACGUUCUUCCUCACCUUUGUAGCUUUGAAGUUCUUUGUUGGCUACGGCCUUGAACUGUCCAGAAUAGUCCCUCUAAUUAUAUACCAUUUAAAGAGGAAGUAUCUGUGUAAGACUGAGGCUGAGUUGAAAGCAGCUUGGUUUCCUGGAGAACUUGGGUAUGGAACUAGGGUUCCUGGUGACAUGCUGAUUGUUACAAUUGUCCUCUGCUACUCUGUCAUAGCUCCUCUUAUUCUCCCAUUUGGCGCGGCUUACUUUGGCUUAGGAUGGCUAAUUCUCAGAAAUCAGGCACUCAAAGUUUAUGUUCCGGCCUAUGAAAGCUAUGGAAAGAUGUGGCCCCACAUGUUCAUACGCAUCCUAGCAGCUCUGAUAUUAUACCAAGUUACCAUGCUUGGUUACUUUGGUGUAAAGAAAUUCUACUAUGCACCAUUCGUAAUCCCACUCAUAAUACUUAGCUUCAUCUUUGGCUUUGUCUGUUCCAAGAAAUUCUACAGAUCUUUCCAUGACACGGCUCUGGAAGUUGUAUGCCGCGAGUUGAAGGAAGUUCCUAACAUGGAACUAGUUUUCAGAUCUUUCAUCCCACAAAGCUUGGGGUCUGAGAAGUUUGAUGAUGAUCAAUUUGAAGAUGCUUUGUCACAAGUUUCAAGAACGACAUCAUUGGUUUGAUGUACAUUUCUGCAUUCGACGAGAUUAUCGAUGUUGGUGUUUUUUUUUUUUUUUUUUUUUAGCUUUUGUUUAGCAGAAGUCUUUGGAUGCAAUAUUUGUUGAUAUUAAGAAAUAGGAAUCAUGGCUUUGGGUUUGUCUGUAACAUAAUAUUAUAUUAAUUCGAAUCGCCUGUGUUGAAUUUCUUA